GGAAGCGAACCUUCUUCCUUCACCUUCAUUUCCGGCGGCAGCUGAAACAGCAACCCUACGGAACUACGUUUCAACUUCAGUUUCAUUUCAAGUUUUCGAAUCCAGUGAAGUUCUUCUUCUCAAGUUCUGCUAAUUUUUCUACGCAGUGCGGAAUGAGAACCGUUCAGGCUGCUUUGCGAUCCCUUGGCGGUGGAUUAUCUCAAAGAUUCAAGCAAUCUUCCAUGCUCAGAAGCCUUUCCACAAACGCCGCUCGUGAGACUGGCUUCGAUGAUGAAAAGAGAAAACCCGAUUCCUUUGAGUCUGCUGAUGAUUUUGAACGUCGGAUAUUUGGUGGUGUUUCCUUGGACGAUUCCGGAAACGAGGCUUUCUUUGAGAAGCUUGAUAGGCUUGGGAAGCCUCGUGAAAGAGUAGGUUCAAGACUGAGUGGAGGAAACAAUUUUCAGGCGUUGUAUGGUCUUGAUGAUUAUCUUAACACAUUGUCAGAUGGGAUGGAUGGCAAAUUGAAGAAAGCUGCCACUUAUUUUGAGUUUGAUCCCGAGGAAAUAUCAAAAGAUGAUUAUACUUUCAGAGCAGAUAUGUCUUUUAAGCCUGGAUCGACAUACGAAAUCAAGGAUCUGGAUCUAAGAAAGCCAGGUGUACGCAAACCUCCCAAAAGGGUCGAGUUUCAGGUGACUACGGAGGAGGUCUUAAAAAAAGCUGAUUUCAGGAAUGUUAGAUUCCUGGCAAACUUUAUAACUGACGCUGGAAUCAUUAACAAGAGAAGCAAGACAGGUAUUAGUGCCAAGGCACAGAGGAAAGUUGCCCGAGAGAUCAAAACUGCACGAGCUUUUGGCUUAAUGCCUUUCACAACAAUGGGAACCAAAACAUUUGUUUUUGGGAAAACUAUGGAGGAUCUUGAUAAGGACUAUGAGUAUGAAGUUUUUGAUAAUACUGCUGAUGCAGAUAGAGGGCACCCGCUUGGAUCCUAAAGACCACACGUUUAGAUGGUCUUGAAUUAUUUCCUUCGCCCUUGCCUUUCUUCAAAGUUGGUAUGCAUUUGCUGCUAUUUUUAUCCAACCAUUCGCGCCCAAUCGCUCCAGGGCGGAUUUAGUUUGAUUGCUGACUAUCAUUGUACUUCAAAGCCCCAGAAUCCUGCAAAUCUGUCGGGCGAAUUCCUGGUCUUACUCUUCUCACUGAGAUGUUCUAAAUUGAAGUCUUUUUAUAUUGAUUUUCUGGUUAGAAGUUCAGUUCCUAUAGUUUGCAUAUUUGUUCUUGUUUUAGCGUCUAUGUAAAGGCGAGGUAAAUCAUAAGCCAGAAACUAGAGCAGUUUGUUUUCCUACAGAAAUGUCUGUUGUGGAUUUUGUUAUUCAAUAGACAUGUUAGGCAGAAUAUAAUACCAACCAUUUUUCUGAGUUA